GUGAUAAAGCUAGCUCAUCGAUCAGUUCGAUAAAUUUCAGUUGAAACAUCAUCCAAGUGAUUAAAUUACCCAAACUAGAAUAUCACCUUACACCAUCAAUAUAAUGAUAAAUAAUUGAUGUUGUCAAUAUUUCUGCUCGUUUAGGGUGAGCUAAACAGCGCUAAACAGUAUACGUGUGGGUAAGGGGGUGCGAUGCAAAUUGCUGACUAGAGAGAAAGAAACAAAAACAAUUCAAAUCUGAAUAGAAAGCGAAGGCUCUUCAUUAUCGUUUUCAAACUCGAGCAUUGCGGUUCGGUAAGCGCAGGCGUAAUUUGGAAGGACGUUAUCAUUUGAGUGUGCGUAAUUUCCAGGAACAGGCAGUUUUAUUCGGAUGUAGUGAUGGAUCUCGAAAAGCUCAAAUGCGUUCUGUGCCACAAAUUUCCCGAGGAGGAGGUGUAUGAAUGCAGCGGUAAGCAUCUUGGAUGCAAAUCCUGCGUUGACCGGUUGAAUGUUCGUCUAUGUCAGUGUUCUGAAUAUUUCGACAAGAAAAAAAGCAAUCCCAUCGAACAGAUGUUGAAAAACACAAAAACAGAAUGUCUAUACAGCAAAGCUGGUUGCACUUGGACUUUCAGUGCUACUGAUAUGCGUCGUCAUCAGGAGGAGUGCAAAUAUCGCCCCUACCGUUGCAUUGCAUCCAUGCUCAACGUUCUCAAAUGUAACUGGACUGGCUUGCAGCAUGAAAUUGAAAAUCAUCUUCUCAAGGGUCACCCUGUCCUGGGUAAUCCAUUCAGUUACUUUCAGGAAUCGGAAAUCCCUUUUUCGGAGGCCAAAUCAAUGGGCAGCAUUAAACUUGUGGAUGCUUUCAGUAAGCAAUUUUUACUGUACUUUUUCUCAAACGCCACAACCAAGAUGGUUUAUUUUAUGAUCAUUUAUUUCGGUCGUCGGGAGGAGGCACAACAGUACUAUUAUGAAUUCGAGAUCAAAUGCCACGAUGAAAAUGAAAUCCAUCGUAUCAAGUUUACGGAACAGUGUGUGGCCGAUUGCGAUGAUUUGAAACAGCGUAUCGAAGACGAAAGGUGCGUUGUAGUUUCUUUUAAAACGGUCAAAAAUUUUCUGCAUGGAGGCUCGAUUCCGUUCCGAUUCAUAUUGAAGAAGAUUGUUAAGGAUGUGGAGCCAGUUGGCCGUGAGCGCCGGGUUUCGGAAAGUAACAGUAGACCUAUGAAAUCUAAGCCAACUCCGUUUGUUUUUCCUCAAAAAGGUAAAAUGCAUGCCAAUUUAAAUCGAAGUUCGUCUGUCGGAACUUCUGUUAAUGCUAAUAACAAUGGAGGAAACAGACAAGCCUCGGGACAUCCUCCUCUGCGGAAAUCUUCCGCUCCAGCCAAUGUACCGAGAGCACAAACGGCUGGCAUAAGCUCUGAUCAGAAAGCUCCAGAAUUUUCAUCGAUCAACAGAGUGGGUGUGUGUGGCCAGGAUUCACCGAUUAUUCACCAGGAGCCGUCUCCGUUGAUGACUCCUUCAAUCAAUAGGAAUGAUGCGCCACCAUCGUACACUGCACUGGGCGGGGCCGAGCAUUCACCAUCGUCGGUUAGUGAGUACUGCAAAAUGACCCAGAAACCGCUACCUGGUGAGUGCAAAACGACGGCCAACUUAUGUCGAAUGUACACCCAGCCGUAUAAGAUGACCGACGAUCGGCUGUACCUGCAGAAAUACCCGGAAAACUGUCUAACCAAACCUUCUUUUAGGCGGUAACAUUCGGCUAUGUUAUGUUUAGCUUCUCGGCAAGUUCUGCAACAAUCGUAUAGUGAUUAUCUUUUUACUUUUAAUGCUAGUUCAAUUUUUUUCUUUUCAAUCCGAAAACUCCAAGAUCAAUCCUCAAGAAAACCAUCCUUACAUGGUAUACAAUCAAAACGUCACAUCAAAGCUUUUGUAUUGUAGUACAACAUGAAUGGAAGGAUGACCGCGGCCAAGGGUAAGUCCGCCGGCAACGAUGAACAACGAAGACAAGAGAUCCAUGAAUCCGCGAAUCAAAAGAAAGAGCAUUAAUGUGGGCAACGACCGUACCGACAGGAAGCAAUACCGGAAUCGAAAGAAAAAGGAACGCCAAUGGAUAAAAUACCGCACGAUAAAUCAAAAGAAACGAGUUAGUUUUAGAAUCGCGUGUUUACUCUGAUAAGUACAGUUCAGUAAUGAAAAGAAUAUA